AUGGCUUCACUACGCUCCCUCCUCGCCGCCGGGCUGCUGUUCCUCUCCGCAGCCAACGCACACUUCGAGCUCAAUCAACCGACCCCACUCGAGGGCGACAAGAUGGACGAGAGUCUCGAGAGCAGCGGGCCUUGCGGCGGUGGAGUGCCGGACCUGAGCAAAAACACAGCAACCGAUUUCCACGUCGACGGCGACGCCGUGAGCUUGCUGUUGGCCCACCCUCAGGCCAACUACUUGAUCCGGGGCACCCUCGACGACAAGGCCGCCGGCAACUGGACCCAGCUGUUCCCCAUCGUCCAGCAGAGCGGCCGCGGCGAUUUCUGCGAGCCGUCCGUCAAGGCGCCAAAGGAGUGGGCUGGCAAGAAGGGCUUCAUUGGCAUUGCCUGCGCGGCCCCGGACGGCAUGCUGUUCCAAUGUGCCGCCGUCAACUUCGUCUCGGGAGCCGCCGACGAGGUCCCCAGCUCUUGUGCGAAUGGAACCUCCGUGAGCAUUAGCUUUACCGACGACGCGAGCCUGAGCGCCCUCCUGGGUGACAGUUCUACCAAUACCCCUACCUCAACCGCUGGCAGCCCUUCGCAGUCGACUUCGGGGAGC